UUGAGCGCGCGGGUGACCCUUGCGUGUCCUUCUGAGGCAGCUAAGCGAGAACAGGUUUGCCGAGAUGGGGUGGCAGGACGAGAAGGCGUUGGAAGGCCGCACCGGCGACCCCGAGGAAGAGGAAGAAGCAGAGCUUGUGGAUCCUUUAACUACUGUCAGGGAACAAUGUGAACAAUCAGCAGAAUGUGUGAAAGCCCGGGAACGUUUAGAGAAGUGCGAUGAUCGAGUUUCUUCAAGGUCCCGUACACAAGAACAGUGUACAGAGGAACUUUUUGACUUCUUACAUGCUAGAGACCAUUGUGUGGCUCAUAAACUCUUCUCCAAAUUGAAAUAAAUAUUAUUACAAGCCAGUCUCCUCCUUCUGCUUACUGGAUGAAAACCUGAGCAUGUUCUGUUGUAGAUGUGUUGCUCUGCAUCUGUGGCUUGAGAAGACUGGAACUAGCUCUCUGGCAACUCUGUAAGAGUUUAAGAGUUGCCGUCAAGUUACUUCUGUGUUAUGUGGAAGAUUUGCAAAUCUUCACAAUGUUUCUGUAGCUUCCCAUAUUAAACAUUUUUCCUGUGAAAUAUAAAAA